UUCCAGACACACGAGGUUUCUACUCAAGAUUACGAUGUGUCUGAAAUACAGUGUUCGUUUUCGACGGACUCGCUGAGGGUGGGCAAAGCACUUUUAGGAGUCAAAGAUGUGAUAUCCGCCCGGCUUAAGAAACCCGACGGGUUCAAGGGGCACCCGCUGUUCGCCGACGACCGGUCCGUCGACCCGUUAAUUGAUCCGGUCUGCCAGAUACGACCCGACUUAUCGGACGUGUCCCUGCUGACCUACAAUCUGUUGGUCACCGACUUCACGCGGUGUGGCGUGCUCAGGCGAAACGGUUUCGUGCACGUCCGAGUGUGGUUUCCACAGUUCCCUGGCGUCGUCAUGAUGUCCGACCAAGAGCUGAUCAUAAUGUGCAAACCACCAGAACCGACGGUGAUCGAGAACAAAGCCGCCGGAUUCGCCGGAAGUUUCCCACACGGUGCGCGAGUGUCUGGAGUCGUGGAAGAGACGCCCGGGAGACUCGAGUACGAGGUGGCGUUGUACAAUGAAGCGCCUGCCCGAUUGACGAACUUGAGCCACAACAGCGAACUGCCAGUCGACCAAGCCGUGCCCAUCGGUACCAAACUUCAACUCCGGGCCAGGAUCAAUCCUCAUUCAGCUUGGAAAUUUGUCAAGUUGAUGGAAGUGUCCGUGUCUCCGGAUCCUGACAACGCACACGUAUCUGGUAGUGUCGCUCUAGUAAAAGACGGAUGCCGGAACCGAGACUUCGCGACAAUCAUCCCGCACCAGCCUGCCAAGUACCGGGAAAGGCACAACGAAGUGUUUUUGGACUUUGAGGCGUUCUUGUUGAGCACCAUGAAAGAGCGAUCGACUUUGUGGAUUCACUCGCAGAUCAAAGCGUGCAUGGACGCCAACGACUGUCAGCCGGAAUACUGUCUGGACCUGUUCGAGCCGUCAGGACACGGGCGCAGGCGCAGGAGGCACGUGCCUGGCACCGGGAACGGGACCGCGCUGCAGCAGCAGACUUCAGCUGUCGACGACCGGAACGCGACUAAUUUCGCCAAGUUCAAGGAGAACAUCGAGUACACAGUGAUCAUGCCCGAGGACAUCUACCACGGCGCUGCCACCGCGUCCGAGAACAACUGCGGGACGUUCCUGGCCCUGUCCGGGGUCCUGGGCUGUCUCCUGUUCGUUGCAGCAAUGAUCCUGUGCUACCUGACGUCCCGGCUGCAGGCGGCCAUCGGGUCCAAGUACAGGACGGCGCAACAGGACGCGUUCGGCAGCGGUAGGCUCCACACUGGCACCGGUCAACCGUCAAAGUUUCCCGUGUCGUUCUCAUCCGGUUCGUCGGCAUACUCCGGACGGCUGCACUGA